AUGCAUAUAGACCUAGUGAGUGUAACAGGUUUCGUAGUACAUCCUCAGAAAUUGUCUACUUGUGUUAUUAAAGAGUUUGAAAAUAAUAAAGUUGACGGUAAAGUGAAUAUUCAUGAUAAUGAUCAUGAUAGUGCAGAUUUAUCUUUGGUUGAUCAUGAUGAGAUGAGGGAUAUGCCUACUACUGCUAAGUUGAACAAAGUUUCUGUACAACUUGAACGUGA